UCGUAGCAAUUGCCCUUGCUUUUUUGGUGACCCCUGAAGCAAGAACCGUUGUAUAACAAUGUUGUUGUGACUCCGGGCUGUACAGAAUUUGCUGGUGGUGGGGGAUCAAGAGGGACAGGCAUGCUUCUAAACGACAAGUCGAAGCUGUUGAGACGCGUGACACCGGUAGUUGAAGAUUUAUAAAUGAAGAAGUUUUACAAACAUGCUACUAUUGCUACAGCUGAUGGUUGGUACGAGGUCAACCUUGACAAGAGGAAGCUGCGGACACCAACUGGCAACUUGUUUCGGGUGCCCAGUGAACCUUUAGCCCUCGCCGUAGCAACUGAGUGGAAUGCCCAGGAUAAAGUCAUCAAGCGGAGCACAAUGCAUCUGAAUUCCUUAUGUAACACAGCAUUGGACAACCCAAUGCAUAGGACAAGAGAGGAUUUGACGGAGUCAAUUAUACACUUCCUGGAAACAGACACAAUAUGUUACAGAAUGAAUGAUCCCCCAGAACUGGCAACCUUCCUGGAAAAAGAAUGGGACCCUGUGCUGGACUGGGCCAGGGAGAGAUAUGGAAUAUCAAUAGAACCCACUUCAAGUAUCAUGCCGCCAGAAGUUCCCACUGAGACUAUAGAAAUAAUAAGGAGGCAUUUAAUGUCGUAUAGCGACUGGGCUUUGUUUGGCUACUACUAUGCUGUGGACUCCGUCAAGUCUCUGCUGAUCACCAUGGCUCUAAUGGAUCGGUUCAUCACUGUCGAGAGAGCUGUAGAUCUGGCCCGACUUGAACAACAGUAUCAGACCCAGCGCUGGGGCAGUGUAGAAUGGUACCAUGACAUCGACAUGUUGGAACUUCGUACCCGAAUGGCUGCAGCAACUCUAUUUGUACACUGGUGUUGUGAGAACACCACCAUCAAACAAAAGGCAUCAUUUGCCAGAUAGUGGUUGCAGUGAUACCUUGAUGUGUUUGUGAUAUCUCUGUGUUGACUCACACUCAGUGCAUUGCUUUACAGUGCAUCCUUUGUCUGAGAAAUGCAUUUGGUGGAUCUGGAAAUGUGUCCUUCAUCCUAAUUAUUGUGUGAUUGUUGAAGCUGAGUCAAAGUUUCAUGUGUGUAUAGGGUUAUGUCAUACAGCAUUUGAAUUAUGUUGAACAAAAAACAUAAAUGUCAUUGUUCCAAUUACCUGAGAACAUUCACACAGUUUCAGUGCCCAUCAUGACAGUUAUCUAGAUAUUCAAGUUAAAGUUAUCUGUUGUAUUUUACAUCAUCUACAUGAAUGUCCGCCAGGAAAUAUGUGCUCAAAAUUAUUUGCUUAUCAACUUUUACCUGGAGAGCUAAGGCAUUUGGAAAAUUACAUAUUUUAUGUUGUGACAUGUUGGACAUUGUAGGCUGCAUGUGUUUAGAUCCCAGAUAAUUAAACCCAUUUAUUUAA